UUGAAGCCUGCGGGGACGCGGGGGCGCGGCCGCGAAGCUGGACCGGUCGAGGUUUCCUUGGCUGCCUGAUCCCCUUUAGACCAGUCAUCAUGCCUAUCCGUGCGCUGUGCACCAUCUGCUCCGACUUCUUCGACCACUCCCGAGAUGUGGCCGCCAUCCACUGCGGCCACACCUUCCACCUGCAGUGCCUAAUUCAGUGGUUUGAGACAGCACCAAGUCGGACCUGCCCACAGUGCCGAAUCCAGGUUGGCAGAAGAACCAUUAUCAAUAAGCUCUUCUUUGACCUUGCCCAAGAGGAGGAGAGUGUCUUAGAUGCAGAAUUCUUAAAGAAUGAACUGGAUAAUACGAGAGCCCAGCUUUCCCAGAAAGAGAAGGAGAAAAGGGACAGCCAGGUCAUCAUUGACACCCUGCGGGACACGCUGGAAGAACGCAACGCCACUGUGGAAUCUCUGCAGAAGGCCUUAGACAAGGCCGAAAUGCUGUGCUCCACCCUCAAGAAGCAGAUGAAGUACUUGGAGCAGCAGCAGGAUGAGAGCAAACAAGCCCAGGAGGAGGCGCGCCGACUCAGGAGCAAGAUGAAAACCAUGGAGCGGAUUGAGCUCCUGCUCCAGAGCCAGCGGCCCGAGGUGGAGGAGAUGAUCCGAGACAUGGGUGUGGGGCACUCCGCGGUGGAACAGCUAGCCGUGUACUGCGUGUCCCUCAAGAAAGAGUAUGAGAAUCUAAAAGAAGCACGGAAAGCCUCAGGGGAGCUGGCAGACAGACUGAAGAAGGACUUGUUUUCUUCCAAAAGCAAGUUGCAGACAGUCUACUCUGAACUAGACCAGACCAAGUUGGAGCUGAAGUCGGCCCAGAAGGAUUUACAAAGUGCUGACAAGGAGAUUGUGAGCCUGAAAAAAAAGCUAACGAUGCUGCAGGAAACCCUGAACCUGCCACCCAUGGACAGUGAGACUGUCAACCGCCUGGUUUUAGAGAGCCCAGCCCCCAUAGAGAUGCUGAGCCUGAAGCUUCACCGACCGGCCUUCGGUGAUGACAUUGACCUCAAUGCCACCUUUGAUGUCGACACGCCUCCAUCCCAGCCCUCCAGCAUCCAUCAUGGCCGUGCCAAGAAGCUCUGCCAAGAGAUAGCACACUCUCCCGUUCAGGACAUCCCCAAGAAGAUGCCCAAAGGCCCCAAGCAGGAGUCCCAGCUCUCACUGGGCGGCCAGCACUGUGUGGGAGAGCCAGAUGAGGAGCUGGCUAGUGCCUUUCCUGUCUUCAUCCGGAAUGCCGUCUUAGGCCAGAAACAGCCCAAGAGGGCCAAGGCAGAGACCUGUCGCGGCACAGAUACGGUAAGGACAGGCUUCGAUGGGCUUGGAGGUCGGACAAAAUUCAUCCAACCUACUGACACGACUAUGAUCCGCCCAGUGCCUGUGAAACCCAAGCCCAAGACUAAGCAGAGAGUGGGGGUGAAGAGAGCGCUCCCUCCCUCCCAGGCCAAGCUGGACACCUUCCUGUGGUAGUGAGAACAGUGAGCCGGAUCAAUGGCCAGAUACAUGCCUCCAAUUUAUAGGCCAGGACUGGCUCAGCAGGGGGUUUGGGGGGCAAGACCCCACUUCCAGGACCAGCCCCAAGGUCAAGGGUAGACAAAAAGUUGGGGGUGAAGGUGAGGCCCAGAAACGGUGCUUUACUUGCACUUACCCUGCCCCCCCCCCCCGCCCCCAAACACACACACUGGGUCUAACAUACUGGGCCUAUGUGUGGUUGCUGAAGUGAGACCAGCAGGACUUCCUCCUUGUCAGAGGCUCCUGUUUGUAGCCAGAUGUGGCUGGGCUGCUUCUGAUUCUCCAGACUAAGGUCUUUUGUUGACUGUGUGGACCAAAGUGCCUGGGGCUUCUUGGGCAGUUUCAGCCUGCCCAAGCUUCUGCCUGCUUCUGACUUGCUGCUAGGCGUGGCCAGAACCGAGCAGGAUGGGGAAUGAGGGGAUGGUGGUGGGGAGAGGAUUGGGGGGGAGGGGAAGAUUUCUAUGUAAAAUAAAAAAGAUAGAAUUUUUUC